CAUCUGUUCGACAUCACUCUUUUCAAAUACAGUCAUUCCUUAUCUUUGUUUGUGUGAUAUCACUUUUUUUUCAUUACGCUCAUUUGUCUGUUAAUUUUUAGGACCGAACAUCUUGCGGAACACUCGUUCUUAGGAAUUACAGUGAACAAGGCCGGAGACAGUUCGAUCUUUUUGACAGGCACCGAGUUCGAGCUUCUAUCGACUCAUCCUUUCGUUCCCCUCUACAUCGUAUAGACGAGAUAUCGUAAUGCGCGUCGCCGGGAUUAUUGCUCUUCUAGCGGCAGCCAUGCCGGCUGUCGCUACACGCGGAACCUUCGGACUAGCCCUGGGAAACCAAAACCCCGACUCGUCCUGCAAGACCGCCGAUGAUUACAAGAAAGAUUUCGAUGCGAUCAAGCACCUGACGACGCUGGUUCGUACCUACUCAGCAAGCGACUGCGACACCGCGAAGAACAUCGUUCCGGCUGCAAAGGCCAAGGGCUUCAAGGUUGUGCUGGGUGUCUGGCCCGACUACGAUGAGUCCUUCAACAAAGAUUUUAAAGCUCUAAAGAAUACUGUUCCUGGAAACGAAGAGGUUAUCCAUGCGAUCACUGUUGGCUCCGAAUGCCUCUACCGUGGAGAUCUGAUCGAUGCCCCGAAACUCCUGAAGAGAAUCAACCAAGUUAAGCAAGAAUUCGACGGCGUUGAGGUCGGCACUGUGGACAGCUGGAACAAGUUCGCCGACGGUACUGCGGACCCUCUCAUAACAGGAGGCGUCACCUACUUCAUGGCGAACGGUUUCGCGUACUGGCAGGGCCAAGACAUCGACAAUGCCACUGCUACCUACUUCGAUGACAUGGCACAAGCCAAGGCCCACAUCGAGAAGGUUGCCGGCGACAAUGCGAAGAAAAUCCGAUUUGGCAACGGCGAGAGCGGCUGGCCUACCGAUGGCGGAUCUGACUACGGCGCUGCCAAGGCCAGCACCAAGUUCGCUGAAAAAUACUACAAGAAUGCCGUCUGCGCCAUGCUCACCUGGGGCAUCGAUGUUUUCUACUUCGAGGCCUUUGACGAGACCUGGAAGCCCGACACCAAGGGCGACAACGGCGAGCUCAAGGACGAGAAACACUGGGGUCUCUUUACCGAUGAUCGCAAGGCCAAGUUCGAUUUGUCGUGCCCGAACUAGUGUUGAAUUUUGUAGGUGGUAUGCGGGACAAUUUUCGGAUACCUAAAAUUCAAUAUCUGAUUCGAUGUAACAUAUCAGACCGCAAUAAAUAAGGGAAUCUGGUUUGCUUUCUGUGGCCUUGUUUGGAAGAAAUUGUUACAUCAUAUGAGGCCAUCAUAUUACAUGUUAUGGCCUACCGAGUUUGGGUCGAAGUAUGGAGUAUGGAGUAGUGUGGUAACGGUAGGCGGAAACCGUGGUUCAUAGCGCACUUUUACCCCUGAGUGGGCAGACACGAACCACGAGCGCGUUGUUUAGUUGUUUAUGGGGCUCAGCAAUUUAAGCAUUCAGGGGCACCCUUUAUUGACCAGAAAGCAAAACAUUCAAC